AUGGGUAUAUAUGAUGCGGAGCAAAGGAAGCUGAUAGAUCAGCUAGUAGGGAAGGAUUUUUUGAGGUUUAGCGGUAAUCAUAGACACUCAAGGGCAGCGCAUGUACAUAUAUCAGGUCCCAAGAAGGACUUUGGACUAAGUGACGCGCGGGUCUGUAAGGCAUACCUUGUCGGGUCGUGUCCGUAUGACCUCUUCCAAAACUCCAAACAGAGUAUGGGGAAGUGUCCUCAGAUACAUUUACUGAAAUACAAGAUGCAAUAUGAGAAAAUGAAGAAACAGGGCCACGAUUUCUUAAACUUUGAAAGGGAGUACUUUACUAUACUCUCCAAAUUUAUCAACGAUUGCAAUGGGCAGACGCGGAUUGCAUUGAAAAGGCUUGAACACACACCCGAGGAGCGUGCAAAGAUUCAACAAGUGACUAAUGAAUUAGAUGAGUUGGACACGCGCAUAGGACUUAUGAUGCAGGAAAUAGAUUCUCUCAUAGAACACAAUGAAGUAGUUAAGGCAAUGCAACAGUCUGUCAAACUGCAAGAAAUGCAAGACAACAGGAAAGUAGUAGCGAAAAAGAUCAAGAACAUCACGGAAAAUGUGGGCCAAAGCGCGCAGCAAAAAUUACAAGUGUGUGAAGUGUGCGGAGCAUACCUUUCGAGACUGGACACUGAUAGAAGAUUAGCAGAUCAUUUUUUGGGCAAAGUUCAUCUAGGGUACGUUAAAAUGAGGGAAGAUUACAAUAUUUAUAGGAAGAAGAUUAUAAAAACUUGA